GGUGCUCCGACGUCUGGGGUUGCGGACACGACUCAUUACCCGCUGUGGGGGGGAAGAGUUAUGGUGGAUAGAGCCUGAGAACCGCAGGAAGUGACGUCAGUGCGGCGAAGAAUAUGGCGUCUGCGAGGGCUGGGAGCGCUGUAUAUGGACACUGUUUUGUUAUCGAGUGUCAAUGAUGGUAGCUGGGAAAAGCGCAGGAAGCGAGCAUAGCCGCUGACGAUGAGCGUUUGAAGACCGGCGCGUCGCUCCGGGUAUCCAGCGUCACUCCAUGUCCGAAGGGGCCAGAGCCGCCUGGUCGAAGCGGGGCUGCGUGGAGCCGCAUCGCCGAGAGCAGGGGAAAUACAAGCAGAGAAAAUGUGAGCUGGCCCUCGGUACCUCGUCAGGCAAGCCCGUGUUAGGCCCCGAGGGACCCAAGAGGUGUGACAUGGCAGGGGACGUGGAGGUGUACCUGUCACAGGCCCAUGAUGGCAGUGUGUCCUCUGGCUUCCGUGCCCUCUACGAAGAGCGCCUCCUGCUGGACGUCACCCUGCUUAUUGAAGAGCAGCACUUCCAAGCACACAAGGCACUGCUGGCCACACAGAGCGACUAUUUUCGGGUCAUGUUUACUGCAGACAUGCGCGAGCGCGAUCAGGACCGCAUCCAUAUGAAGGGGCUGACAGCAGCCGGAUUUGGACACGUGCUGCAGUUCAUGUACUACGGCACACUGGAGCUGAGCAUGCCCACCGUGCAGGAGAUCCUGCAAGCCGCCAUGUACGUGCAGCUCACUGAAGUGGUAGAGUUCUGCUGCUCAUUCCUGCUGGCCAAGAUGUGCCUGGAGAACUGCGCCGAGGUCAUGCGCCUGCUUGAGGACUUCAGCGUUGCCGUGGAGGGCGUGCAGGAGCAGCUGGAUGCCUUCCUGCUCGACAACUUUGUGCCGCUGAUGGCUCGUGCUGACUUCCUGUCCUACCUGAGCCUGGAGAAGCUGCUGGUGUACUUAGACAGCGACCGGCUGAGCCGCUUCCCCGAGAUUGAGCUGUAUGAGGCAGUGCAGGCCUGGCUGCGGCACGACCGCCGUCGUUGGAGGCACACGGAUGCCGUGGUGAAGAGCCUGCGCUUCUGCCUCAUGACGCCCGCCAACAUCUUUGAGAAGGUGAAGACCUCGGAGUUCUACCGCUACUCACGGCAGCUGCGGCAGGAGGUGGAGCAGGCGCUUAGCUACUUCCAACAGACCAACGAACAGCCGCUGCUGGACACCAAGGCCAACCGCAUCCGGUCGGCGCGGCCACAGACGGCCGUCUUUCGUGGCAUGAUCGGCCACAGCAUGGUGAACAGCAAGGUGCUGCUGCUGCACAAGCCCAAGGUGUGGUGGGAGCUGGAGGGUCCGCAGGUGCCGCUGCGACCCGACUGCCUCGCCGUCCUCAACAACUUUGUCUUCCUGCUGGGCGGUGAGGAACUGGGCCCUGACGGCGAGUUCCAUGCCUCAUCCAAGGUGUACCGCUAUGAUCCACGGCACAACUCCUGGCUGCGCAUGGCCGACAUGUCGGUGCCACGCUCCGAGUUCGCUGUGGGUGUGGUGGGCCGCUUCAUCUACGCCGUAGCGGGCCGCACGCGUGAUGAGACCUUCUAUUCCACAGAGCGCUACAGCAUUGCUGAAGACCGCUGGGAGUUUGUGGACCCCUACCCCGUCAACAAGUACGGCCAUGAGGGCACCGUACUGGACGGUAAGCUCUACAUCACUGGCGGUAUCACGUCCUCCUCCACCUCCAAGCAGGUGUGCGUCUUCGACCCCAGCAGGGAGGGGGUGCCGGAGCCCCGGGGCCGCCGGGCUACCGCACUCGGCGGCUGCUGGGAGAAUAAAUCCAAGAUGAACUAUGCACGCUGCUUCCACAAGAUGAUCUCGCACAAUGGCAAGCUCUACGUGUUUGGGGGCGUGUGUGUGGUGCUGCGCGCUUCCUUCGAGUCGCAGGGCUGCCCGUCCACCGAGGUGUAUGACCCACAGGCCGACGAGUGGACCAUCCUGGCCUCCAUGCCCAUUGGGCGCAGCGGCCACGGUGUGGCGGUGCUGGAAAAGCAGAUCAUGGUGUUGGGUGGCCUCUGCUACAAUGGCCACUACAGCGACUCCAUCCUGACCUUUGACCCGGAAGAGAACAAGUGGAAGGAGGAUGAGUAUCCCAGGAUGCCUUGCAAACUGGAUGGGCUGCAGGUGUGCAGCCUGCACUUCCCAGAGUAUGUGCUGGAGCAUGUGCGGCGCUGUAGCUGAGGGGCGGAGUGCCUCCUGCUGACACCCUCUAGUGAAACCCAAACUGUUGGUUUUUUUCUGUAGUACCCAUCUUUGUGGCUACAUUAUGUCUCUGCAAGCCUAGCAAAAUAAAUACACUAAAUAAGGACAGGAGAGCAUAAAACAGUUUAUACCUGUUGGAAUAAUUAAUACUACAGUCAAAUUCUACCCCUUUUAUUCUCUAGACCAGAGCUUACUUGAAGACAAACAUGUGACUGACCGGGAUUUGGGUGCCCCAUCAGGGUUUGGUCAUUUUAGAUCGUUUUUAAAAAGGCAGAUUUUUCAAAAAAAAAAAAAUCAAAAGAAAACUAAAGAUUUUUUGCAGAUUUCUGGAAUAAUUGUUUUCCACCAAUCAUGACCAGCGAUCCCUACAAAUCCGUCUCAAGUCUUUUUAUUUCCAGCUGUACCUCUGGGUCUUUAAAUCUUCCUGUGAUGUCAUGCCACUUCCUGUGAUGUCAUGCCAUUUCCUGUAAUGUUAGGCCACUUCCUGUAAUAUUAGAUCUGGAAUUUGUCUGUCCGUGUGCAAUGCUGGCAGGCAGGGACCAGAACUAAAGAAAUGCGAUGUAAUGUGUGUAAAAGAGGUGAUGAGUUACCUGCAGUUGGUGGGCUACAUUUAGGUGGGGGGUUAUUUGGGGGGGGGGGUGCACUGCACUGUCUGAGGUUGGAAUGUUUAUGGCUUCCAGAGUGUGUAGAUCGCUGUCUGAUCGUCUGUCUGUCUUUCCUGCUGUAUUUAUUUCCCGCUCGUGUGUCCUGUGUUUCCUUUGCCUUUAUAAACGCUCCCUGUCACAGCCGCCUGCUGCCGCGUUUGCUCCUUCACUCUCAGACCCUGGUGACUCUGAGGAUGACCUGGGCGUAUCUCUGAUGCCCCUGGCUGCUCUUUGGUCUUGCUACACCCUCGCCCUCUGCCCCAUCCUGCACCUCCACGCCACCACAGGCAUCUUGCCGUUCUCCUUAGCGGGAAUGAAGCAGGUGUGUUUGCCCGUCCCCCCCCCCUGCUGUGUGCCAGUCCUGCUGCAGCUGCCGGGGGGGGGGGGGGCUUGCUGAAUGUCCCCAUCGCUGGGCGACCUUGCCGUCGGUCCCAAUGGAGCAGGAUCGUCUUUCACCUGUCCGUUCUCGCUGCCUCCACGUUUGUACAUUUCUGAGCUAUUUCAGUCCAUUCAAUACUCUGUACAGAUAUAACCCCCUUCGUCCCCCAGCACAUCACCACCUCUUCUUACACUCUAUCGCUCCAAUCCUCUCCUCUGCCAAAAAUGACAUAUUCGCUUGUAGAUGACAGAUUUCUAGGAAAUAUGAGGAUUACUGACGGUAUAGUUAUUGCUGACUGGCUGCUCACUGCAGAACUUCACUCCAUAAAUAAACGUUCAUACUGUACAACCUG